CCCUCUCCGCGGACCUGCCAUGGAUGUUUCUCCUGGAUGUGCAUUCUUUAUUAUUUUCCUUCACUUUCAGCAUGCGGAUACUCUUUACAUCGCCGACAGUAAAGAUUCCCUGCAGCAUGUCCUGAGGGAGUACGGGCUAGUGAGGCCGGUGAGCGUGGAUGCAGACGGACGCUUCCUCUCCCACGCCAUCUCUGCUAGCCGGCUGAGUGGGCAGUGGUCCCAACGGCGCAGGAAGAGAGAGGCCAACCAGCAUAGAGAGACCAAUGAGUUGGAGAUGAACUCAGAGCAGGACCACCUGAGGCACGAGGAGAUACUCUUUUAUAACGUUACUGUUUUCGGGCAGGAGUUUCACCUUCGCCUCAGGCUAAAUUCCAAGCUCGUGGCCCCAGGAGCCAAAGUGGAGUGGCUUGAGGACAAUAAUCAAACACAUUCGGAGCCCUUGCUGCCCAGUGAUUGUUUAUAUGUGGGUUAUGUUAACAAUGUGCAGGAUACGUCAGUGGCAAUCAGCAACUGCGAUGGCCUGGCGGGAAUGAUUCGUGCAGGUCAAGAGGAGUUUUUUAUCGAACCACUGGAGAGAGGAGGCGAUAUGACAGGAGAGGAGGAAGGAGGACCCGGGCGACAUCACAUCGUCUACCGUUCCUCUGACAUCAAGAGGCCACCCGUCAAUCAACCUGCUGACUUUCACCCCAGAGGUUCUCCUCUGGGUGGUCUGGCCGGCAUGGAUUUCUUACCUCAUAGUGUUAAGAAGAGAGUAAAUUUAAACACACGAGCACGGCGAGAGACGUAUGAAGAUGAGAUCUUUAACAUCGAGGUUCUGCUGGGGGUGGACUGCUCUGUGGUGAUGUUCCAUGGCAGAGAACAUAUCCAGAAGUAUCUGCUGACUCUUAUGAACAUUGUGAAUGAGAUUUAUCAGGACAGCUCUCUGGGUGCCCAUAUUAAUGUUGUCCUGGUUAGAAUCAUGAUGCUGUGUUCCUCCAAGUCCAUGGGUUUGAUUGAGCUGGGCAACGCCUCUCAGAGUCUGGAGAACGUGUGUCGCUGGGCCUUCCUGCAGCAGAAAGAGGACAAGAAUGAUGCAGAAUACCAUGAUCAUGCUAUUUUCCUUACUAGACAAGAGUUUGGGCCAACUGGCAUGCAGGGUUAUGCCCCUGUAACAGGCAUGUGUCACCCUGUGAGAAGUUGCACUCUGAAUCAUGAGGAUGGUUUCUCCUCUGCUUUCGUUGUGGCCCAUGAGACAGGACACGUGCUGGGGAUGGAGCAUGAUGGCCAGGCAAAUGAGUGUGGAGAUGAGGUACCCAUGGGCAGUAUUAUGGCUCCUCUGGUUCAAGCAGCAUUUCACCGCUUCCACUGGUCCAGAUGCAGUCAACAGGAGCUAAGGCGAUACCUCAAUACAUAUGACUGUCUCCGUGAUGACCCCUUUGAUCACGAGUGGCCAACUCUGCCCCAGCUGCCUGGUAUCCACUACUCUAUGAACGAACAGUGCCGCUUUGACUUUGGCAUGGGCUACAUGAUGUGCACAGCGUACAGCACCUACGACCCAUGCAAGCAGCUGUGGUGCAGCCACCCCGAGAACCCUUUCUUCUGCAAGACCAAGAAGGGCCCUCCCAUCGAUGGCACCCAAUGUGCAACAGGGAAGCACUGUUUUAAGGGUCACUGUAUCAAGUUAACACCAGACAUUCUUAGGCAGGAUGGCCACUGGGGUCAGUGGACCAAGUUUGGUUCCUGUUCUCGCAGCUGUGGCAGCGGAGUACGAUUCCGCACUCGCGAGUGUAACAACCCAAUACCGGCCAAUGGGGGACGCACUUGUUAUGGAAACAACUAUGAGUUCCAACUCUGUAACAUGGAGAAAUGUGCCAAGGCCCUGGCUGACUUCAGAGAAGAGCAGUGCAAGAUGUGGAACCCCCAUUUUGAGCACGAGGGCACCAAACACCAUUGGCUGCCCUACGAACAUCCUGAACCUGAGGAGAGAUGUCAGCUCUACUGCCAGUCUAAGGAGACUGGAGACGUGGUGUCCAUGAAGAGAAUGGUGCAUGACGGCACACUGUGCUCCUACAAAGACCCUUACAGCGUGUGUGUGCGAGGGGAGUGUGAGAAAGUGGGCUGUGACAAUGUGAUCGCCUCAGAGGUCGAGGACGAUAAGUGUGGGGUGUGUGGAGGAGACAACUCCACCUGCAAGAUUGUCAAAGGCAACUUUACCCGCAGCACGAGGAAACCAGGUUUUCUGAAGAUCCUGGAGAUCCCGAGAGGAGCACGCCACAUACUGAUCCGUGAAUUCAAAGGAACUCCACAUAUUCUAGCGGUGAAGAACCAAGCCACAGAUAAUCUCUUUCUGAAUGAUGAGGGAGAUUUUCCAGAGUCACGCACAGUGAUCGAGAAAGGUGUGGCGUGGGAGUACACUAACGAUGAUGACAUGGAGGCGGUACAGACCACCGGACCACUUAAAUAUGGAGUUCUUAUCAUGGUCCACUCUCAGAGCACAUCCAAAGUCACUCUUUCAUACAAGUACAUACUGGCAGAAGAUCCACUUUCAUCAAUGGAGAACACCCUGCCUCAGGAUGACACAGUCUACUUCGAGUGGGCUCUGAGGAAGUGGUCACACUGCUCCAAGCCAUGUAGCGGAGGGAAACAGUACACGCGUUUUGGAUGCCGGAGGAAAUCGGAUGGCAAAAUGGUGCACCGCACGCUCUGCUCCAACAUACCCAAACCCCGUGCCAUCAGUCGAGCCUGUAACCAGAAGGAGUGCUCAGAACCAAUCUGGGUGACAGGAGAAUGGGAGGAGUGCAGUAAAUCAUGUGGUAAGACUGGUUCUCAGACUCGACCUGUGCGCUGUGUGCGACCCGAGCUGGACGGAUCAUACAAAUCCAUCAAUGCCAAAUACUGUAACGAUGACCGGCCAGAGGGACGGCGGUCCUGUAAUCGUCACCUGUGCCCCGCACAGUGGAGAACUGGACCUUGGUCUCAGUGCUCAGUAACCUGUGGCAAUGGAACUCAGGAGCGACAGGUUAUGUGCAGCACACCUGACAAUGCCAUUGGCAUCUGCAUGGACACCAAACCUGAGAGCGUUAGAACAUGUCAGCUGGCACCGUGUCCAAAUGACAGAGGAAACUUCCUCAUCCAGUGGCUCUCCAGAGUAGACCCCGAGUUCCCUGCGCCCAAGAUCUCCUCAAGGUUACGCUGUAAAGGAGAUAAGUCUGUGUUCUGUCAGAUGGAGAUUUUAAGUAAGUACUGCUCCAAUCCUGGCUACAGGCAGAUGUGCUGCAAGUCUUGCAACGAGGGUAACAACACCACUGAAUUCAACAUUACCAGACCCUGGACCUACACCACUGUUGUGCCUCCCAUAACCCCCACUGCAACAGCUCCUCCUCAGACCACACAGAUGUACAGGACCUCACUGAAACCUAGCACCCUCAUCAGCCAUUUAGCAGUCACACCAUCAGUCGGCAGGUGGAGAAGACCUAGUACCACCUCUGCACCUCAGGGCUACACAACCACUCUAAACCCAUUGACCUUAAGGAGAGGGACCACAGUCACUGUGAAAACCAAGAGUCCCAGCGCACCCACCUACGAGGAGGACACCAGUGCCCCCAUCUACGAGGAGGAAACUUGGAGCAAUGCCUCAACAGAACACAUCUCAGAAUCAGAAUCAUCAGAGUCCAUUUCUUUUUCUGCAGAGCCCUGGCCUGUCACUUCGAUGUUUACAAGUACCAUUCAUGACAAAAGACUUGGCAUAACAAUUAUGACAACACCACUACCUAGAGUUACAGCAACAAGCCCUCCUGACAUAGUUAGUCUCCAUAGGUCAGAGGAUAAAAAGGAAAAUAACUCCAUUGAUGUGUCCUACAGGAUUGUAAGUCCAAACGAAGUCACACUUAACCACUAUGUUCCCAGAAAGCUAGUGCAUUUCCGUGAGAAAACACAAAAUAAAAGGAUUGAAGAGCUCCUCGCAGAGAAAAGAAGAGGAGACUUUAUCUUGCAAAGACUGAAAAUAAAGCCCGGAGACUGAUACGUUUUUUUCUCCCUUUCCUGUUCCGUUAUACCUGGUGAUCAUAUGGUAUUUUGUGAGUACAUAUUAAAAGUUAUUUUACCCACACUGAACUCGUUUACAUCACAAAAAUUAUUUACAUAAUUUUUUUACAGAAAAUAACCUGAGAUUAAAGUCUUAUUUGAAAUAUCUGUUCAAAGCAUCUUCCUACAUGUGAUCUGGGAAAGAAACAUUAUUAUUGUCCACGUUUAACUGAAAAUGCCAUCAUCCCAGGGGUUUACCACAUUUGGAAUGAACAUUUAAAUUUGUCUGCUGUUUAAAGGUGGUGUCUAAUUGUUUUUAUGGUAAAUUACUUCAUCCUAUCCCAGCUUAAUAUGCAAAGGCAACUGUGUAGGAAAGUUUUGGGUUGAUUCCCUUUUUAAAAAAAAUCAAAACACUGCUGUUUGUUUAGGCAUCCUGACCGAUCUGACACAGCCAUUUUGGCUCAACCAUUGGUAUGAGUUUGGGGGUGGGACUAUCUGUGGCUAAUCAAUGGAAGACGGGUUUAGGGAAUCCAUUGAAAACAGUAGUUAUUUUUGCAAUAGAGCCUAACAGCACCCACUCACUUUUUCAGCCAUUUUUCCCUUUCAUUUUUUCCAUAGGGAUGUCAAAAAAUCUUUGAUAGAAAAGCUCAAAGCCAUGAACCAAACCAAUCAGCUCUGAGGUGAAUCACAACAUUACAAGCUUUGAUUUUAAGCAAAAGCAUUUGAAAAUCUGACAAAAUCACAAUGAUUCAAGACUGUGAACGUCUUUCAUGAGGGAAUGAACUAAUCCUAUGAAUCAUAACGAAUGACAUAAUCAGAUUAAAACAUGAUGGAAACUUUACAACUAUUAAUUUAAAGCUGUUGGUUUUAAGUAUAGAUUAAUUUUAUUUAAAGUAUUUGGCAAAGUAUUGAAAUAUAUAAGUAGUUUGAGAGUGUAUCGACUCAAUUUUGUCAUUCGCAGUGCGUCAUGCAAUUGGGCGGUCACUGCCAUGGUUUGUUGGCCCAAUCCUCUGAUUGGUGGAUCUUUCUCUGCAGGACCAUGGGUAGUGUAGUUCUUUACCAGGAAUUCUGCUGUUAAGCGAGAUUUUUUUUUUAAUGAAGUUGAAAUAACACAGACUGAUAGUUUCAGCAGAAGCAUAUACCAUUGAUUAACAACCUCUGAGGGGCUCAAGGUAGGCCUGGCUUCAAAGGUUUAUAAAUAUUUGCAAAUAAUCAAUUCCCCUUUGGAAAAAAUGAAUGAGAUUAUUUACUUCUGGAACCAGGCUGUUGUGCUUUACUCCGCUUGUGCUGCUAGUGGCACAUAAAUUACACCACAUAUAAUGAUCUGGCGUUUUCAGUUUUAGUCAGCAAUUUCACGAGAAUGUUUGCUUCUUGACUGCACGCCUUUGAAAGUUGGUGGCACAUUUCCCAUUUUUGUAAUGAAGAGACCCACAUAAAUCAUGAAUUUAAACAUAUUCCUCGAUUCUGAAAGGAAAAUGUUAUCAUUGUCUCACCUUUUAACGUUUAUUGAAUGAUUUACCCACACCUGGUUCAUCUUACCUACAACUGAAAUUCCUCUACAUAAAACGUCCCAAAUCCUAUUUUAGCUUCAGCAUGACAUCGCAAUGCUGUUUUUAUGGUGCUAACUGCCUACACUAAAGGAUCCUAUGUCCUGUGUAACUGUGGGCAUUUUGAGUCUAAUGUUGAAAAACAUUGUUUUUAUAACACUAAUGAUGAUUGCUUCGGCAUUUUGUCACAAUGUUCAUGACAUUUUAAAGAAAAAUAUUCUGUUACCACAAAUAGUAUUUAUUGAAAAAGCUUAUUCAUCUAGCUUACGACCUCUCUGCACAAAUCUGAAUCCCUUCCUAAAUGUUGUAUAUAUUAACUAGAAUUUUAUUUUUUGUAUUUAUUAAAAUGCCUGUAGUAUUAAAUGAAUGCUUUCUUUAAAAGCAUUGUGCUUAUCAGUCCACUUUGCGCUUUUUGUGCAUGCUGCAAGACUGACGAUUCUACACAUACUAGAAACACAAGAAGCUAUACUAUGAUGUCUUCUCCACAUUGUCUGAGCACUGUCUUGAAGAAUCAUUGUACGGAGUAUUUGAAGAAUGCAGUGGGCGUCUUGAUUUAAGACCAUCUGCAUUUUUUAUUUAAGGGGUACGAAUGGACAUGUACAUUCAUGAUUCAUCACAUUCUUGAAUUAAUAAAGCUGCAAAUGAAGUUGAAGUGUUGAUCUUAUUACAGCUAGACACACAUUUCUUUCAGUGUGUGAAAAAGGUACAACAUGACAGGUUGACAAAUAAGAUUUUAAGUAGGCGAACCACCACAGAUGGCCACAAGAUGGCUGUGCUUCUCUUUUGAUCGAUCUAAAGAUGUUCUAAACUAAAGAGAUCUAAAAAAAUAAAUAAAUAAAUAAAUAAAAUACCAUCCUUUUUUCCUGGUCUGAGGUGAGUCUUGAAAUGUGUGUAAUAUAGUUUUUUAUUAUUUAUUUAUUUAUUUUGACAAUGAAUAAACAAG